AUGAUGGAAUACAGUACUGACUUUAUGACCCAAAUUGAUAAUUUAAUAAACGAUGAGGAAGAAAAUGUUAACACUAUUACUGAUGAACUUGAAUUUUGUUUAGCCCCAAUAAGUGUUCCAAGAGAUUUCAUAAAAUAUGCAAAAACAGAAAAUAAAAAAUUGUUUGAUUUUCAUAAGGGUACUACAACAUUAGCAUUUAAAUUUAAGGAAGGUAUUAUUGUUGCAGUGGAUUCAAGAGCUUCUAUGGGAUCUUUUAUAUCUUCUCAAAAUGUCGAAAAAAUUAUUGAAAUAAAUAAACAUAUAUUAGGGACAAUGGCAGGUGGAGCAGCUGAUUGCUUAUAUUGGGAAAAAUAUUUAGGUCAAAUUAUUAAAAUAUACGAAUUAAGAAAUAAUGAAAAAAUAUCAGUUAGAGCAGCUAGUACAAUAUUAAGUAAUAUUUUAUAUCAAUACAAAGGAUAUGGUUUAUGUUGUGGUAUAAUAUUAAGUGGUUAUGACCAUACAGGUUUUAACAUGUUUUAUAUUGAUGAUGAAGGUAAAAAAGUUGAAGGCAAUUUAUUUAGUUGUGGUAGUGGUAGUACAUAUGCUUAUUCUAUUUUGGAUAGCGCUUAUGAUUAUAAUUUAUCAGUUGAGGAAGCAGUCGAGCUUGGUAGAAAUGCAAUUUAUCAUGCAACAUUUAGAGAUGGAGGUUCAGGUGGAAAAGUAAGAGUUUUUUAUAUACAUAAAGAUGGAUAUAGUAAAAUUAUUGAAGGUGAAGAUGUAUAUGAUUUACACUAUCACUAUACAAACCCAUCACAAAAGGAUCAAUAUGUUAUGUAA